AUGGGAAAAAAUCAGUCAAACCCUUCAACGUUCAUCCUUCUGGGAUUUGGCAAUCACUUUGAACUGAGAAUUCUCUUCUUCAUAUUGUUCCUUGUCAUCUAUGCUUUGUCAAUUUUUGGAAAUCUCCUAAUUGUUUUGCUGAUUGUAGUUGAGCAGCAUCUUCAUACCCCCAUGUAUUUUUUCCUCUUGAACUUGGCCUGCUUAGAGAUCUGCUACACUUCAACCAUCCUUCCAAGGAUGCUGGGCAGUUUCAUCACUGGGGAUAGGUCCAUAUCUAUUAUGGGAUGCAUCACACAAUACUAUUUCUUUUGUUUCUGGGCAGCCUCAGAAUGCUAUCUUCUGGCAAUGAUGUCUUUUGACCGAUAUUUGGCAAUAUGCAAACCUUUGCACUACACAUCUAUUAUGAAUGCUAGACUUUGCAUCCAGUUAGCAGUCACGUCUUGGAUAAGCGGACUAUUGACCACCAUUAUUGUAACUUCUUUUUUGGUACAACUAACUUUCUGUGGGUCCAAUGAAAUUGAUGAUUUCUUUUGUGAUGUGUAUCCUGUGGCAAACCUCUCCUGCAGCAAUACCCAUCUAGUAAAACUUGCAACUUUUAUUGUAGGGUUAAUGGGAACAGGUCCCCCUUUUCUACUGACCUUGGCUUCUUAUGUCUGUAUUAUUCUCAGUGUCUUGCGAAUUAAAUCCAAAGCCGCACAACAGAAGGCCUUUGCCACUUGUUCUUCUCAUCUGAUUGUUGUGACCAUUUUCUAUGGGGCAAUAGUCAUUGUUUAUGUCAUCCCAGAAACAGAAACACUGAAGGAGCUACAUAAAACCUUCUCUUUCUUCUACACCAUCUUGACUCCCAUGUGCAACCCCCUCAUAUACAGUUUGAGAAACAGAGAGGUGAAGGAAGCUCUGUCCAAAUCGUUCAGAAAAUUCAGAAACAGGGUUUCAUAGUUUCACAAUACCUUGAUGGAUCUGGUGAAGCUUACAGAAAUAUAGAUGAACUGAUAAGAAAGCCGUUGCCAUCAGCAGGGAUACUUGAGGAUCCAAUAUUUGUGAAUUCCUCAAUAAAAUGACUGGAUCCAAACAGGGUUUCAUAGCAUCACAGUGUCUUGAUGGAUCUGAGAUGCUUGAGGAAUUCAAUAUUUGUUUACUCCAAUCCAGAUUAAUGUUCAGAUGUG